UUCCCUGUGCGUCUCGACGGUGCACUCGAGGUCGCUGUUUAAAGUUUCGCCUGAUUUUUCUCUUUCGAUUUGAAGCCAACAUGGAGAAACGCUGUCUGGACGCCCAAUUUAAAGGAGUCAGCACAGGGACUACAAUCCUGGCUGCCACUUUUGAUGGAGGAGUCGUGAUUGGCUCAGACUCCAGGGCUUCAAUUGGAGGAGAGUACGUUUCCUCAAAGACAAUCAACAAAGUAAUUCAAGUUCACGACCGGAUCUUCUGUUGUAUGGCUGGUUCUCUGGCUGAUGCCCAGGCUGUUCUAAAGACAGCAAAAUUUCACUUAUCAUUUCACAGUGUACAGAUGGAGAGCUCACCGCAGGUCAUAGCAGCAGCGUCUGUGCUGAAAGAACUGUGUUAUAAAAACAAAGAUGAGCUACAGGCUGGUUUUAUCACUGCAGGAUGGGACAGGAAGAAAGGACCUCAGAUUUAUGUUGUGUCUCUUGGAGGGAUGUUGAUCAAGCAGGAAGUAACCAUUGGAGGCUCUGGCAGCACCUACAUCUAUGGAUACGUGGAUGCCAAAUACAGACCAAACAUGAGCAGAGAAGAAUGCCUACAAUUUGCCACUAAUGCUCUUGCGUUGGCAAUGGGCAGAGAUAACGUGAGUGGAGGUGUGGCUCACCUGGUUGUGAUCACAGAGUCUGGAGCGGAGCAUACGGUGGUGCCCGGGGACAAGCUACCCAAGUUUCACGACGAAUAACCCCCUACAAAAAAAAUAAAUAAA